GCUCUCGCGCUAGCCUGACUAGUUAAAACUGAAGAGGCACCAGAUAAACUAAAUAUUUUUAACGUUAUCAUCACGGUGAGCAAGUUGUAAACCAUAGGAUAGGAAACCACAAGUAAAACGGAGUGUAGUGAUAUAACUGUUGUUAUUUUAUGUUUUGAUAGUUUAAUACAUUUAUAAAAGCCCGUUAACAGAGAAUUCUGCUAAAGUUCGCUCCAGUCCAGCUAGCCUGUCGUAGUCAUGGCGACAGGAUCAACGAACGUUCUUGCAGAGUAACAAAAUGAAACAUUGUAAAUGGCUGUUUUAGGGAUAUGGAAAAUACCAUGGAGCGGGAACCAGUAUGUCCAGUGCGCGGGCUCGCUAUAGGUGAGCCCACAACGGUUUGGCGCAACGUGGCCCAUCCUGCUCUACUGAAUCGGCAUCGGGACCUGUCCUGGAUGGCCGCCCACGAGAUCCUCCCGGUCAGGGCCGUUAUGCACUCACGGGGCAUGGCGAGGACAUCCGCGUGCCCCCGAACAGGCUGCGGCCAAGAAGAAUCGGUGAGGCACAUGCUCUGGGAGUGCAGAGCCGCCAGGGACCUGUGGAAGGAAGCAGGCCCCCUGAUUACCUCGUGUCUGCCAGCAGGGGAGGACCUAACACCUCAGCUCGUGCUAUAUGGGGUGGGCCGAAGGCCCAUUUCAUCGAAGACCUUCACCAAGCUCUGGCCCACCCUCACGUGCCUGAAGGAAGCACUGUGGUCCUCCCGCAACCUGCUGGUAGCGAAAAACGUAGAGACCACCCCCCAGGCAGUGGCCAUGGUAGCCACGGAAGCCCUGGGGUGGUACGAAAGGAAGGGGGCCCUCGACCCCAGGCGAAGGGUCCCCCACAACACCCUAGGUCCCGGCGGCCACGGCCUGACAGCGCUGCGGCGCCUAGGGCGAUGCGCCUAGGGGAGGGAUCUCCUCUGGGCCCCGAAGGAUGGGACGAUGGUCUAUUCAGAAGAGCAGGAUGAGGUGAGCUUGAUAAAGACUCACCCCGCUCCUGUACAAAGGACUGAAGACAGCUUUUUAACAAAUGUUUUUCAUGUCUUAAAAAUGUUUUACCUUUUUAGAUCAUUAGUACACAUUUUAAAUGGCUUCUACAGAUUUGAUAUUUUUUACAAGGAAAGUACUUUUACUCAUGGUUGUUUUAACUAAUUGGUUUUAACAACAUGUACUUUUUAACAAAUUCAAAUGUAACUUUCAAAUGCUGUGUUUUAUGCCUUGUUGCCGUUUUUAUGUGUGUAAAUGUAAAAAAUGUAUGAGCUGUUUUUAAAGGAAUUGUGCCAAUAAAACUUUUCCAAAAGAAA